CUAGGUUGAAGGCGCGGAUUUUUCAACUGGACGCGGCGGGGCGCCGCGCACGAAUCCCAUGAUCCCAUCAUCAAUACGCUUUCUCGAUCCCGCCUCCCAUCGGAAAACUAAACUAAUCCCACCUCAACCCAAUCUCCUCCACCGCCCGUGGGAUCGAUCCCUCGGCCCGCCCGCCUCCCUCGGAUCGACCAGCGCCACCCCGCCGCGAGACCAGGAUCUUGGCGAGCGAGAGCACAUGGCGCUGGCGGCGGCGGCGGCCUUGGCGUGGCCAUGCCUGGUGAGUUCCCACCCCCAGCCCUUGUCCGCCCCUCCCCUUUUAACCCCUCCGCCGGGCUUCCUCGGCGGCAAUAGCAACAGCGCCAUGGAGUUUCUUGGGUUUACGCUCAUGGGUGGGAACUCGCCGGCGUGGAUUGACGUGCCGGAGCGGAGCAAGAGCGCGUUCAUGGAGCUGAAGAGGAGGAAGGUGCACCGGUACGUGAUAUUCAAGAUCGACGACAUCACGGAGGAGGUCGUGGUCGAGAAGACCGGCGCGCCCGGGGAGAGCUAUGACGACUUCACGGCCUCGCUGCCUGUGGACGACUGCCGCUACGCCGUCUACGACCUGGAUUUCGUCAGCGACGACAACUGCCGCAAGAGCAAGAUUUUCUUCAUCUCCUGGUCUCCUGAUGAUUCUCGCAUCCGUGCAAAGACCAUAUAUGCUGUGUCCAGGAAUCAAUUCCGCCACGAGCUCGACGGGGUGCACUUUGAGAUCCAGGCAACUGACCCUGACGACAUGGACUUGGAAGUUCUCAGGGUCCGUGCUAAUAGAACCUGAUAGCUAGGUUGACUCUGCUAGCUUGCUGAUACACACCAGUAGCUCAAGAUGCGUAGCCUGCUACUGAAAUGCGGCGCUGGUGCACUGAUGUGAAGCAUGGUGUAUAAUCCGGCUGCUGAUCACACCUGAGUAUGCAGUGUUCCCUUUUUCAGGAGAUAGCAUCUCAGCGAUAUUAAUAUAACUAGAUAAGUAACCUACAAUAUGAUGUGGAAACGGCUCCAUUUAAUGUCUAGUUGCGCAUGUACUAUUUGUCUUCUCCUAAGCAACAGUUUUGUUGAGCUUAAACUGCUACUGCUCAGUGGUUUUGUAAUAGUUUCUGUUUUUUUUUUUGGUACUGAAUGUCCAAUCAAUCAUGGAGCAUGAUUUGCUA